AUGCGCACCACAUAUCCAACCACUCAAUCCGCCCUCACUGCUCCCUCCCCAUGGCAGCCAUCCUCUUCCACCCCCAUCCCACUUCCACCUCACUGUCUCGAUAGCUACAAUAGCAUCCUCAUCAUCGGGUCCGGCAUCACCGGCGCCCUCCUCGCGUACCACCUCCUCACCCACUCCACUUCCACCACCUCCGCCGCCCCCAUCACCCUCCUCACCUCAUCCACUGCCUGCACAGGCGCAACCGCACGCAACGGCCGCCACACGAAAGUCGCCAGCCACCUCACCUUCCGCGCACGCGCCGAGCGGCUAGGGUUAGACGAGGCGGUGCGAUGGGUGCGGAUGGAGGAGGCGAGCGUCGUGCGGAACAUGCGGUGGCGCGGGGGCUGUGGAGGGGAUGGGGUGGGAGUGCGAGUCGUGGGAGGGGGAUACGGUGGAUGUGAGGGGGGGCAGUGUAGGGUGUAUGAGGAUCCGGAAGAGGUGAGGAGGGAGUUUGGUAUGCGAGGGAGGCUGGUGGGGGCGAUUCGGUAUCCCGCGGGGAGUGUCAAUGCAUAUCAGUUCACGUUGGGGGUGUUGAAGCGGUGCGUUGCGAUGGGGUUGCACUUGUAUGAGAACACCACUGCAACGAGCAUACGCCGGAUCGAUCCAGAUGAACCUGUAUUGGGACUGAUUCCACCGGGACUUUGGACGGCUACCACCGAGAGUGGGGAUGAUUAUAUCAGCCGACGAUCUCAUCCUCGCCACCAACGCCUUCACCCCCACCAUCUUCCUUCCCCCCCGCCCCAUCCUGCGUCCCUUCCGCGGACAGGCUACGACUACCUCACCGUCCGACGCCCCCUCUCCGGUGUCCCCUCCGAUGCGGUCGGCAACCUGAUCGUGGGCGGCGGCAUCGUGCAGGACGCGGACGGAUGGGCGGCCGCGAUGAAGGAAGACGCGCUCUGCGUGUUGGAUCCGCAGAUCGAGGCGUACCUCGUGCGGGCGGGGAAGAGGUAUUUUGCGGAGGAAGGGGAGGAAGCGGAGGGGUGA